AUGUCAGACACUACUGAGAUAGUGGAAAUCACACAGGCUGACCCGCGCAACGAUGUUAAGGAAUUAAAACAGUGGUUGACCAAUUCUGACUGCCAGCAGUACUUUCCCAAGUUCGUUGACAACGGGAUCACUCUUGAUCUAGUGCCUGAACUCGACACCGAAGCGUUGAAAGAGUUGGGGAUUACAAAAUUGGGGGAUCGAUUAAGAUUAGAGUUGGCUAUUUCGAGCAUGAAACAAGAGCAGUUGCAACAGCGAGUGGGCAUUGAAGAGAUACUAGAGAUGGUUAACAAUAAGCCUGCCGUGGUUACGCCUGGAACUGUAGCAGAGGCCAAUGAAGCUACAUUGACCCAAUUAGAAGGCGGUAAUACAACGUCAAUUACCCCAUCUUCAAAAGACUCCAGCAAGAAUAUCAUGUUUAUUUUACAAGAUGGGUCCAUGAUCAAAGUGAAUGUUGGCGGGUGUUUCAAUGCCCAAUCCAUCAAGAGAAAAGUGUUGAAGAAACUUGGAUUCAAGUCACAAGAAGCCCAAUUUGACACAUAUAUCCAUAGCACGAAUUCGGAUGGAGUGUCUAAUGUAAUCAUGCUUUUUGAUGUUGAAUUAGUCACCAUAUGUUAUUCUCCCGAACGAUUGGAAAAACACCGGAUUAUGUUUGUUCCCAAGAAUGAUUAUCCCACCGAAGUCGCCAUCGAAACAUCCAAGAAAAUUAUGCACAAGUAUGCCUCCAGAAGCAGAGACAGUAGCAUGAACUCCAGAAACCAAAGAUCGCAAAUGAGGAACUUCUUUGGCCAGAGACCACCUAGUGAAUUGAUCUCUUCCAAUUUGGCGGAAUAUUUCCCAGAAGCCAGAAAGAAGGAUUUAGAACAAACAGUUAGAAAUUCAGUUAGACAUAGUGUGAGAUUAUCGCGAAGAUUCAACAUCCCGCCUGGGGCAUUCAGCUCUGGUUUCAACAAGAGGAACUCCGUCUGGAGUAAUGCUACCGGGUUGGCUUCACACAAGGCAGUGUCUAUUUCUUCUGGAGAAACAGGCAAUGGCUAUAGAAGGUCGCAACGUACCAUUGGUGAUGUAAUGAUGAAUAACAUCUCUGCCAUUGAUGAGGCAGUCAGCUCCACGGAAACGUUCCACACUCCUCCCACCAAUACUAUUUUUAACGAUACCAAGUCAAUUGCAUCCUCAAAGAAAAGUCGCAAUGCCCUUCAUCGUAUAUCCAUGGUUGCUGAUUCGUUACCGGCCGCCAAUAGACUUUCUACUAUCGAGUUGAUCAGUUCAGAUUCCGAAGAGGAAGAUAUUGAUGGCGACGAUGAGUUUGAUAAAGUGGAUAUAUUUGCUGAUUUUGACGUUCCAAAACAUUGGUUGAAAGGUGCUCGAAUUGGCUCUGGUAGCUUCGGUACCGUUUAUUUAGGGAUGAAUCCUCACACGGGGGAAUUAAUGGCUGUUAAACAGAUUCCCUUACCCACAGAAAAGAACCGUCACAAUACUGACGUCGAGAGAUCAAUGGCGGAACAACAACGUGAAAUGACCUUGUUGAAGGAGUUGGACCAUGAGAAUAUUGUGAGGUAUUUUGGGUCAACCACCGACGAGAAUUUUUUGAAUAUAUUUUUGGAGUAUGUUCCUGGUGGUUCGGUUCAAACCAUGUUGAAUUCGUAUGGACCAUUUGAAGAGCCAUUGAUUAGGAAUUUCAUCAGACAAGUGUUAAUUGGGUUAAAUUAUUUACAUGGAGAAGAUAUCAUUCAUCGGGAUAUCAAGGGAGCAAACAUUCUUAUUGAUAUUAAAGGGACAGUAAAGAUUGGGGAUUUCGGGAUUUCGAGAAAGGUUAGCAGCAUUGAUGAAGAGGACGAAGUGUUUAAAAAGACAGGCAGAAGAGCGUCGUUACAAGGCUCGGUGUUUUGGAUGGCUCCUGAAGUGGUUAAACAGACAGUCUACACUAAAAAGGCCGAUAUUUGGUCGGUGGGGUGUUUGAUUGUGGAAAUGUUUACAGGUAGACAUCCAUUCCCCGACUUGAGUCAGAUGCAAGCAUUGUUUAGGAUUGGAUCUCAUAUCCCACCACAGAUUCCCGAAUGGUGUACUCAAGAGGCUAAGGAUUUCUUGACCGAGACGUUUGAGCUUAACUACGAAAAGAGACCUGAUGCCAUUGAGUUGUUAGCCGAGACAUUCUUGAAUCCAUUGAUUAUGUCUAAACAAUAA